GGGCGGGGUCGAGGCUUGGUUUCCUCGGCGACCACCGCUGGCUGUUCCGCGCGUGGAGUGCCGGCGCCGGCAGCAUGGGGACUCCUUCCGGCUUGCAGACGGAUUGCGAGGCUCUGCUCAGCCGCUUCCAGGAGACGGACAGCGUACGGUUCGAGGACUUCACGGAGCUCUGGAGGAACAUGAAGUUCGGGACCAUUUUCUGUGGCAGAAUGAGAAAUUUAGAAAAGAACAUGUUUACAAAAGAAGCUUUAGCUUUGGCUUGGCGGUAUUUUUUACCUCCAUACACCUUCCAGAUCAGAGUUGGUGCUUUGUAUCUGCUGUAUGGAUUAUAUAACACCCAACUGUGUCAACCAAAACAAAAGAUCAGAGUUGCCCUGAAAGAUUGGGAUGAAGUUUUAAAAUUUCAGCAAGAUUUGAUAAAUGCACAACAUUUUGAUGCAGCUUAUAUUUUUAGGAAGCUACGACUAGACAGAGCAUUUCACUUUACAGCAAUGCCCAAAUUGUUGUCAUAUAGAAUGAAGAAAAAAAUUCAGCGAGCUGAAGUUACAGAAGAAUUUAAGGACCCUGAUGAUCGUGUAAUGAAACUUAUCACUUCUGAUGUAUUAGAGGAAAUGCUGAAUGUUCAUGAUCAUUAUCAGAACAUGAAACAUGUAAUUUCAGCUGACAAAUCCCAACCAGACAAAGCCCUCAGCUUGAUAAAGGAUGAUUUUUUUGACAAUAUUAAGAACAUAGUUUUGGAGCAUCAGCAGUGGCACAAAGACAAAAAGAAUCCAUCCUUAAAAUCAAAAAUUAACGAUGGAGAAGAAAAGAGAGAAGGAAAUUCACAAGAAUCAGAGAGAUGUGAAAGGGCAGAAUCAUUAGCAAAAAUAAAAUCAAAGGCCUUUUCUGUUGUCGUUCAGGCAUCCAAAUCAAGAAGGCAUCGUCAAGUCAAACUUGACUCUUCUGACUCUGAUUCUGCAUCUGGUCAAGGACAAACCAGAACACCUAGGAAGAAAAGGAACAAAGAAACAGUGAAAUCAGCAGGAAAGAAGAUGUCUUCCAGAAACAAAGGUAACGUACAGAAUGUACAGAAGGAAGAUAAAUCUUUAAGUCUGAGUAUGCCUAUAAUUACAGAAGAGGAAGAAGAGAAUGAAAGUUUUAGUGAAACAGAGUUCACUGUACCCAAGAGGAAAAGAAAACGCUAAACAAAGAGCCUGGUGUAGAGUUUUUAACUUUGAGCUUUCUGACAGAAGAUUUAUGUUUUGUGUAUGGAACAUGAAGACUGCCAGUAUUAAAAAUAAUUCUUCUGGGAAAAUGUAGGUUAUUUCUUUGAAAUGUCAAUACCUUAACGCUGCUCUAGAAUAAAAGUAUAUAAAAGUAGAGUAUUUACUCUGAAUUUUAAUUUUAACAUUUUCUUUUAUGAAAUAUGCAUAAAUGGAGAUAAAAUUUGUAUUUAGUAUAUAUUAGAAAUAAUUCUGUUAAUUGCAGAUUAUCACUGUUUCCUAUAACUUUAAAAUCUUUUUUUCUUGAAAUAUUAAUAUUUAUUAUAGGAAAAUGACUAUUUUAUAGCUACAGUGUGGUAAUGGAUUUGUUUAUGAUAUAUGUUUACUAUUUUGUAUGUUGUAUAUGGUUAAGUGCAAUAAAGUUUUUGCCUUAUGUUCUUUAUUUUUUAAUAUAUGAAAUUUAAAUGGUCAUAACUUACGUGAUAACUUAGGAGGUUCACAACUCAUUUUCUACCUCUGCAAUUAAUUAAAUAUUCUUUAGUGCUUGUUUUAAAGCUUCCUUUGGUCUAAUAUACAUGUAUGUUUGUGUAUAUGUAGGUAUAUGUAUGUAUGUGUCCUUAUUUAUAUAUAUUAUGAUUAGUCAAUACAUUGUUUAAGUGUAAUACUUAAAUCCUAAUUUUUUCUAAUAUAACCUUUAAGAGUAGUAAUGUAAAUUUUAGAAUGUGUCUCUGGUACAGAAAAUGUAUUAUAUUCUGUAUAUUAGUUUGUAUUCACAGAAAAAGAUUCUAGAGCUUCGUGAGUAUGCCUCUCUGUUAAUUUUUCUUUCCAUAUAUUUAAACGGAUAUUGCUUGAGAUAUGUUGUUUGAAUUACUACCCAUAGCAGACCAUCUCCAAAUCAUGUGGUUGGUUCAUCCUGUCUUACGGCUGAUUAUAAUUCAUAUUGUUUUCCAGCAUUGUAUUUUUCAGGGAUUUAAAGUCUGGGUUGAAGAUUAAAUUCAAAUCUGCAAAUAUCUUGCAAGUGAAAAUGUGUGAUUAUCUCUGUAUAUAUGAUCUUUUAAAAUCAAAAUACUAAU